UCUCUUUUUUCCUCCUUUUUCUUCCGCUCCCGGAACUGUCCCUAGCGCGAGCAUGCCUCCGCUAAUGACACAGGCCCUGAUGCCCGUCAUUCCCCCUCUCUUUCCCCCUUCCUAUUCCGUCCCCGGAAUUGCCCCAAGCAUGAGCGUGCCUCCGCAAGCGGUUCCGGCGACUACCUUUCCACUUCCCCUCGCUCGCUCUUCCUUCUCACUUUCUUCCGCCACGCCUCUACCCACCCCUCCGAACGCCCUCGCCUUGGAACCACCCCCCGUGGCCAGCAACAUCAGGACACAGAUCUUGGCAGAAAUUCAGAACGUUGGCACCAGAGGCGGAUCCAGUUCCAACCCCAGACCCUACAAUCCUACCUAA